UGACCGCACGAGAGAGCUGCGUUCCUCAGCUUUAGCUCUCACUCGUACGACCACCACCCAUCUACAUUCGUGCUAAACUAUGCCAAUUGUGAACACUUCCGACUUCACGUCCACUUCGUUUGACUACUUGAUUGUAGGAUCUGGAGCUGGGGGCCUUACUCUCGCAGCCCGACUUUCAGAGGAUCCCGAUGUCGUUGUGGGUGUCAUCGAGGCAGGCGAGUAUAUUCCGGAUAUGGCCGAAAUUCUCAUCCCAGGUAUGAUUGGGAGGACGAUGGGAAAUCCAAGAGUAGACUGGUCGUUCGCGUCGUCCCCACAGAGCGCCGCGAAUAAUCGUGUAGUUAUUGAGCCAAGGGGUAAGAUUGUAGGCGGGUCGACUGCGCUUGCUUGGUUGGCUUACGGAAGGGGCUCUUCUGCGGAAUACAAUGCUUGGGAGUCCCUCGGAAACGAAGGUUGGAACUGGUUCGAGUUCCUCAAGUACUUCAAGAAGUCGGAAACAUACUCGCCGCCACCACCUGAAGUCGCAGCGAAAUAUCAUACGGACUACUCGUACGAGUACCAUGGACGUGAAGGACCUAUCAAGAAGACCUUUCCCCUCUGGCACAAUAGUCUUCACACACAAUUUCAAGACACAUUGGUUGGGCUUGGGGCACCUAUGAACCCUGACGGGGGCGCAGGGAAAAUGACUGGGACGAUCUCGGGGGCAUUUUCGGUCGAUCCCAAAACAGUAACUCGCAGCUAUGCCGCAAACGAACAUUAUGCUCCAAACGCCGAACGAAAGAACCUUGUACUGCUUACAGAGGCUCACGCAACCAAAGUGUUGCUGCAGACUGAACCUGAUGGAUCCGUGGUGGCGAAGGGUGUUCAGUUUCGCAAAGAUGGACAAUUGUACGAGGUGCACUCUAAAGGGGAGGUCGUCCUGUCGGCUGGGAUCUUCCAGACGCCACAACUACUAGAGCUUUCGGGUAUUGGGAGACGCCAUAUUUUGAAUAAAUUUGGUAUUGAGCAAGUCUUGGAACUUCCUGUGGGCGAGAAUCUCCAGGAGCACAGUUGGGUUCCGUUCGUUUACGAAGUUGACAGCACCAUCGAAACGCUCGAUAACCUUCAGAACCCCGACUUCGUUGUUGAGCAGUCCAAGCUUUACCAGGAAAAGAAACUUGGAAUGCUUUCUUCUAUGUCUUCCGCGUACACCUUCUUGCCCCUCCUCAGCCCGAACGGCUCAGACGGCCCAGGCGGCGUCAUGGCCUCCUCGGAACACAGCGGCUUCAUGGACCGACUUGACCAGUACAUCGCGUCCAUGUCGACGGGUGAGCCGGAGGAAAAGGGGCAGAGGAAGCAAGUAGAAGUCAUGAGGCCCUGGUUCAAGGAUCCCGGGCAAGCACAAAUCGAAAUAUUCCAGCUUCCCGGGUUCUUCACGUUGGAACCCCAAACGCUCCAGCCCAAACCAGGUUGCCACUAUCAAACACUGAUGGUCGGAAUAUUGCACCCUCUCUCGCGCGGAUCUGUACACAUCAUCUCGAAUGACCCUCUUUCCAAACCUAAUGUUGACCUCGGCCUCAUUCAAAACCCUCUCGAUCUCGAAAUGCUCGUCAGCGCGGUCAAGUUCUCCCGAAAGAUCAUCGAGAGCGAGCCGCUGAAAAGCUUCGCGAAAACAAAGGCUUACGACCCGCCGGAGGAGGUUCUAAAUGGGGACGAUGAGGGGAUUAGGGAAUGGUGCAGGAAGACGGUGCAACCAUUCUACCACCCCUUCUCUACCGCGAUCAUGCUGCCGAAAGAGGAUGGUGGCGUUGUUGACGCCAGCCUCAAAGUCUAUGGGACGAAGAACUUGAGAGUGGUGGAUGCUUCCGUGAUCCCCGUCCAAAUCUCGUAUCACCCGCAAGCAACAGUCUACGCCAUCGCCGAGAAGGCCGCGGACAUCAUCAAGAAAGCUCGUCCUGCCGGCGGCUUCUGACUGUGAGGCUUGUCUGUGAAAUAACCGAACUCUGUCGCAUUCCGUAGGCAUCAGGAGAGGACUAUAAAUCUGGGAUCGGUGCCCGGUUUGGUAAGACAAACGGUGCUGGGCCGCGCAACUCAGGCAGAUUUCAGUGCGUUUCUUGGCAUGGUAUACCCUAGAGCGAAUUAUCUAUUGUUUCUGUGGAUCAAACAAUCUUAUAUGUUCAACUGUUGUUCAUCAGUUUACACUGAUCUCUCGAAUCUCCAAAUACAUUCUGACAGCUUCUGAC